GAAAAUACAAUGUGUGCUGCCGAGAGGGAGAGCAUACGUCUGGUUUGAUUAAUUCUUGUUCUCCCCUCCCACAACCAAACUCAACAGUAGAGUUCACUGGCAAUGGAGGGAUCUGAGUCAACACCUAGAGAGAGAACAACAGGACAGGCUGGGAAUCAGGAGGCAGACCUAAAGCCCCUGAUGUCCAGCAAGCCUCUGCAUCGCUUCAUCCGAAAAGAGCCCAGAAUUCUAGGGAUUGUCAUUGUGAUCUUUGGCUGUGCAGAGAUCCUGAUGGGAUUUCAGCUGGCCAGUGAAAGUGUGAAUACUUCUUGUAAAAUCUACGUUCCCUUCUGGCAGGGAGCCCUGUUUCUUGUCUGUGGAAGCCUGUCAAUCUACACUGAGGUACAUCCGUCCAAGAAGAUGGUGACCGUGUGUUUGGCCAUGUACGUGGUUUCCCUCUUGGGAAUCAUAGUCUCUGUUGGCUACAGGUUGUACUGCUUCUCCUCAUAUAACUUCAUUAAGUAUGGGGUGAUAAAUGGCUGGCACGAAGACUUGACCAUAGACGCUGUGGAUCAGCUUAUAGGCAUCGAAGGCAUAUUGUUCACUUCCUCGCUGUGUGUAUUGGUACUUCUCAUCUUCUUGAGUGCCGUCGCACGUUUAGCACUGAGAUCCACGCACACUCAGGUUAUUGUCCACUGCAUCCCGGGAGCGCUGAGUGACACAACAUCAAACUGAGAUCAACCUUCUUAUUCUACAGUAACUAAAACAGGUUCCCCUGCAGCACACCGACCCUUUGAAAGAAUGAGUCUGUACAGUGUAUUACAUGUGAAUGUCUUUUGCAAAGCUUGUUUCUGAAUCAAAGUGAUUCCUGUCAUCUAAAAGUCAUAUAAAUAUAUAUAUACAUAUAUAUUAUAAAAUAUUAUAAAUAUUAGUGUGGUACUGCCUAUGAAAGGGUACAUUUAAAAUGUGCAAAUAUGCAUUUAUUUACGUGGAAGUGUCUUGUGUGAGAAAAUCUUUUACAUGCACGUAACCACUUGUAACCACUAAUAUCUCUAUAGCAAGGCUUGUGUAUACUUACUGUAGAGGUCCUCUGUAAACUCUUACGUUACAUUACUUUUAUUUAAGCCUGAAGGUGAACAGGUCUUACAUACAUACAUACAUACGUACAGGUUCUUAAAUAGAUUCAUCUCCAUGGUAAUGUUAUAUAGUACAAAUAAUAAUAUACAGUGAUAUUAGUUAACACUGACAAUACUGGAUGUUUAAUGUCAGAGAAGCUCAUGCUUCUAUAUUUGCAUUAAAAUCAAUCAGAGGUACAUUUUCCUUUCUAUCCAAGAAAGAAAAUAUUUAGCCUUUAACCCACAUUAUUAUUACAUUAUGUGCAGUAUAAGGGCAUAGUUUAGACUGUCAUUUACUUGCAUCUUUUGAUAGGCAAUGUGAACUAUAUUCAUGUAGUUGAAGAUGUUUACAGAGUGACUUUGGAUGAAUGAGCACUGUGUGUGAGCACAGCACAUCCACCUGUGAUUGCAACUUUACAGAUGUUUAAAAGAAAUUGCCGUAUUUUUGAUUACCUUUGAGUGUUAAUAUCCUUGCAGAUGAACUGAUGAUGAAGUGACGUCGAUCCAGCAUAUUUUUCAAAGUUUAUGACUUAAUGUAUGUUUGUAUAGUUCAGUAUGUUCAUGACUGUGACACGAAGAGCCUGCUCGGAAGUCUGUUGCCAUCUUUUACCUGUGAGUCUCCUUGCAAAAGCGGCCCCCAGGACAGGACCACUUUUCAAGGAUUUAUCUUUAGCUUUUAGCUAUAUCUGGUGCAAUACAUGUUUUGUAUAUUGUCUUUGUUAAAUAAACAAAAUAAUAAAAUGCUCA